AUGACUGCCUCAAUCGGAGAUAAAAUUGAGGACUUUAAAGUUCUCACAUUACUCGGUAAGGGGUCUUUUGCUUGCGUUUACCGGGCAAAGUCUGUGAAUACAGGGUUGGAAGUAGCGAUCAAAACGAUUGACAAGAAGGCUAUGCACAAGGCUGGCAUGGUCCAACGUGUAAUUAAUGAAGUGGAGAUCCAGUGUAGGUUGAAACACCCUUCAAUUUUGGAGCUGUACAAUUACUUUGAAGACAGCAACUAUGUAUACCUGGUCCUGGAGAUGUGCCACAAUGGAGAGAUGAGUCGCUAUCUGAAAGAAAGAAAGAAACCUUUCUCAGAGGAAGAGGUGAGGCACUUCAUGCAUCAGAUCGUAAAAGGCAUGCUCUACCUGCACACUCAUGGAAUUAUGCACCGGGAUCUCACCUUGUCCAACCUGCUGCUCACCAGCACCAUGAACAUAAAGAUUGCCGACUUUGGCCUGGCCACACAACUCAGACUCCCCAGCGAAAAACACUUUACCAUGUGUGGCACUCCCAAUUACAUUUCUCCCGAAGUGGCCACGCGUAGCGCUCAUGGACUAGAGUCUGACGUGUGGUCCCUGGGCUGUAUGUUCUAUGCCUUCCUGACAGGCAGACCCCCCUUUGACACAGACACUGUAAAAAACACCCUCAGCAAGGUUGUGCUGGGUGAGUACCAGAUGCCUAUGCAUGUAUCUGUGGAGGCGCAGGAUCUGAUUCAUCAGUUGCUGCAGAAGAGCCCCGCCCUCAGGCCCAGCCUGUCAGCAGUGUUGGACCACCCCUUUAUGACUCAGACCGGAACCACUGCAAGUAAAGACAGUGGGGUCAGUGACAGUGGAUCAAUGGACAGUGGUAUUGCGACUAUAUCCACAGCUUCCAAUGGCACUAACAAUAGCACCAGUAGGCUCCAGAGGAAAGCCAGACAUGUUAUUGGACAACCUCUACCCAAUCGGAUGGUGCCUGUCCCCGGUCAGCCACGACAUCCAACAAACUCCAGCCAUAAAGAGAUAGAUGAGUGGCAGCAGCAUCCCCAAGACCGCUCCUCGAGGGAGCGUGACGGGAGGCCACCUCUGGGUGCCGAUGGGAGGCCCCAUUCCCGUUACCUGAGACGAGCGCACUCCUCAGACCGAUCCGGUGCUCCUCUUGUCCAUGGCAGACCUGACGCUGACCUGGAGAGGUGCCACUCGGAGGAGCUGCUUUCAGGAUCCGUGAAAGCAACGUUUCCACUGGCACCCAGUUACAGAGACAUGUCCCAUGGUUAUGCUGAACACGGACGUCUCCCCUCACCACCUGUCAAACAGCCUGCAAACUCUGGAUCUUCCUUCCCUGGGCCAGUUCACCCCAUGAGGCUACAGAUGGCAGAGUCAGAGACACAACCAUGGUUUAAUUCAGAAGGGCUUUUGAAGAAGUCUACUGACAUCAGCACACACAGCAGCAGCGGCAGUUUCCACUCUGGUCGAGAUGUAGCCGAAGUCCAGACCUCCUGCAGCGACAUACAGACUCAAAGGGGACUCAGUUCCCAUCGUGCCCAACAUAAGUAUGGCCACCCCUCCUCAAAGAGCUACUCAGGGACAUGCAGGGAGGAGGGCACUGGCACAGGCCACUUUGUACCGGCCCAUUGUGUCUUAGACACACAGAGCACAACCAACCCAGAGAAAGAGAAGAGAAGCCUCAGGAAUCUUCUGCCACCUCUCUGUGCCACACGGCUCAAGCCAAUCAGACAGAAAACCAAAAACGCUGUGGUCAGCAUCCUGGACACAGGGGUGGUGUGCAUGGAGCUGCUUAAGGGUCAGGGAGCGCAGGAGAGAGUCAAAGAGGUCCUCAGGAUAUCCAGUGAUGGUACAACGGUGACAGUAUAUCAGCCGAAUGAGGGGAAAGGUUUCCCUGUGCUGGACCAUCCACCCACUCCUCCAGAGGACAUUUUCAUAUACAGCUAUGAGGAUCUACCAGAAAAGUACUGGAAAAAGUAUCAGUAUGCCACUAAGUUUGUCCAGUUGGUGAAGUCAAAAACUCCCAAAGUCACCUUGUACACAAAGUUUGCCAAGUGUAUGCUGAUGGAAAACUCCCCUAACGCAGACGUGGAAGUGUGUUUUUAUGACGGUGCAAAAACCCAUAAAACUGCGGAGCAGGUUCGUGUUGUGGAGAAGAGCGGCAAGUCUUACACAGUGAAGGGGGACGUGGGGCUGAACGGACUGAGUCCUGAGUGCAGGCUUUACAUGGAGCUCUCUGAUGAGGGUCACAGGAUGUGUCUGUCUCUGGAGGCGGCCAUCACAGCUGAGGAACAGCGUAGCGGCAAAAACACCUCGUUCUUCCCCAUCACCAUCGGCAGGAAGCCUACCACUCCUGCCUCCCCAUUUCCAUUGCCUCAGCCUGGGUGUGGCAGUGCUCCUUCAGCCCCUGCUGAGGUGGAGCAGGUUUGCCUGAGUCCCCCGCAGCAGCCGCAUAUCACCCCCUCUAUGAUUUCUUACAACGGGUCUGACUUCACCACAGCCAGUGUGGCCAAAGGCUGCUCCCCACCAUUAAAUAAAGACAGUGCAGCUAACAUGGGAAAAGUGCUCAAGUCCAUUUUUGUACCCAAUAUUGGCUGGGCCUCUCAGUUGACCAGUGGAGAGGUGUGGGUUCAGUUUAAUGAUGGGUCCCAGUUGGUUGUCCAAGCUGGAGUCUCCUGUAUCACCUUCACUUCUCCUGAGGGCCGCACCACCAGGUAUAAGGAGAAUGAGAAGUUGCCUGAGCUCGUUAAGGAGAAGCUCCAGUGCCUCUCCUCCAUCCUUGGGCUUUUGGCCAGUCCCACAGGACGGCGCUAA